AUGACCCAAUUUUUACCUCCAAAUUUACUUGCAUUAUUUGCACCACGCGAUCCUAUUCCGUUUUUACCUCCACCCGACAAAUUACCACACGAAAAAAAAAAUCGUGGAUAUCAAGGUGUUGGAGCAUUUAUAAAGUAUUUUGAGGAUCCAAAAGAUACACCCCCUCCAACAAGAGUCGAAACUAGAGAUGAAAGGUUGGAAAGAAGGCGUCGAGAAAGAGCUGAGCAAGUUGCAUAUAAAUUAGAACAAGAAAUAGCUGUUUGGGAUCCUCAUAACAUUCCAAUUGCAACAGGAGAUCCAUUCAAAACUCUUUUUGUUGCCAGAAUUAACUAUGAUACUUCAGAAUUUAAGCUAAGACGAGAAUUUGAAGUUUAUGGUCCCAUUAAAAAAAUUGUAGUCAGUCAUAAUACUAUAAAUGGGAAACCAAGAGGCUAUGCUUUUAUCGAAUAUGAGCAUGAAAGGGAUAUGCAUUCUGCUUAUAAACAUGCUGAUGGAAAGAAAAUAGAUGGACGACGUGUUCUUGUAGACGUUGAAAGAGCUAGAACUGUUAAGGGAUGGUUGCCUCGUCGAUUAGGGGGGGGAUUAGGGGGUACUCGAAGAGGAGGUCCGGAUGUUAACAUUAAACAUUCCGGUAGAGAAGAUAACGAACGUGAAAGAGAACGGUACAGAUUAGAAACUGAACGUGAAGCUGCUCGAGCUAGUCGAGGUAAUAGGGAUAGAGACAGAAGAGACAGAACAAGAAAUUAUCCUGAUUACAACGAAGAUUACAUCGCUGAAAAUAUAGCGAUUAAAUAUGAGGAUGCUGAAAAAAUUGUAAAAAAACAAGAAAGAGAUAGAGAUCUGGGAAACGGCCAUAUGUAUAAUAAUUAUGGUAAUCACGAUAACCAUAACAAUCCAGAAGAAGAAGAAGAGGGAGAAGACUAUUCUUAA